CUAUGGUGCGGCUCGGCGGGGGCUGACACACCGGCACCCCGCCCGCCCUCCCUCCCUGCCGGCUGACAGGCACGUGUGGGAUGUGAGACCUGCCCUCGCCGGGGGAGCAUGAGCUGUGCCCAGGCCGGCAUUGUCCAGAAUCUGUACCAAAACAGGUUCCUGGGCCUGGCAGCCAUGGCAUCUCCAUCUAGGAACUCACAGAAUCGGCGCCGGUGCAAAGAGCCUCUCAGAUACAGCUAUAACCCUGACCAGUUCCAUAACAUGGACAUCAGGAACAAUUCCCAUGAGACAGUCACCAUUCCUAGGUCUACCAGUGACACAGACCUCGUCACUUCAGACAGCCGGUCCACCCUGAUGGUCAGCAGCUCCUACUACUCCAUCGGGCAUUCACAGGACCUAGUGAUAUACUGGGAUAUAAAAGAGGAAGUGGAUGCAGGGGACUGGAUUGGCAUGUAUCUCAUAGAUGAGGUCUUGUCAGAAAACUUUCUGGACUACAAGAACCGUGGUGUCAAUGGCUCUCACCGUGGUCAAAUUAUCUGGAAGAUUGAUGCGAGCUCUUACUUUGUGGAGCCUGAAACAAAGAUCUGUUUCAAGUAUUACCAUGGUGUGAGUGGAGCGCUACGAGCCACGACUCCGAGUGUGACAGUGAAAAACAAUGCAGCUCCUAUUUUUAAAAGCAUCACCAAUGAAGACUCAGUCCAGGGACAAGGAAGUCGGAGACUGAUAAGUUUUUCAUUGUCAGAUUUCCAGGCUUUUGGUCUGAAGAAAGGGAUGUUCUUCAAUCCAGAUCCUUAUCUGAAGAUUUCCAUCCAGCCUGGAAAACAUAGCAUCUUCCCAGCCCUUCCUCAUCACGGACAGGAGAAAAGAUCUAAGAUCAUGUGUAACACCGUCAACCCAAUCUGGCAAGGAGAGCAAUUCAGCUUUGUCUCCCUGCCCACGGAUGUCCUGGAAAUAGAAGUUAAAGACAAAUUCGCAAAGAGCCGACCGAUCAUCAAACGUUUUCUGGGAAAACUCUCUAUGCCGGUUCAGCGCCUCUUGGAAAGACAUGCCAUAGGGGACAGGGUUGUAAGCUACACUCUGGGUCGCAGACUUCCUACAGAUCAUGUCAGUGGCCAGCUGCAGUUCCGAUUUGAGAUAACUUCUUCCAUCCAUCCAGAUGAUGAAGAGGUCUCCAUUAGUGCAGAUCCUGAGCCAGCUGACCUCCCGGAAAGCCCUGUGAACAACCCCACAGAGGAAAGCCUCGGUGAGCCUCCAUGCAUCAACACAGUGACCUCAGAAAGUGCAGCUCCAGAACAGCUAAAUGGAUACAGUGUGAACAGUGUCGAUAGCCCAGGGGCUGUCAAACCACCCGGGGAAGUCAACCAGAACAGCUUAAAUGAAGAGCUAGCAGGAGAUGGGGAGGUUGAUGCGGUGCCAGUUCCUGAGCCCUUGGAAUCCAUCCCAGGAGAAGCGCUGCCUUCUUUGAGUGCUACGGACCUCAUGGAGCAGUCGGAUCUGCUGGCUUGCAUGUCUCCUCCUGAGCCCGAAGUUAGGGAAAAUAACAAAGUCAAUUCUGGUAUUCAGGGAGAUGGUGGAGUCUUGACCAGCAUAGAAACAGUAGAUAUUGAUGAGGUGAGUGCAGAUGUGCAUGCUGGCAAAGACCUAGAGAAGAGUCAGGAAGAAGAAGAAGAAGGGGCUUCAGCUCAGGAGGAGGAAGACAACAAGCUACAACUGAGGACCACAGCAAAGAGGAAAAACAGGCCAUGCUCCCUGCCUGUGUCUGAACUUGAGACAGUCAUAGCUUCAGCUUGUGGUGAGCCAGAGACCCCUCGCACACACUACAUACGGAUACACAACCUGCUCCACAGCCUGCCCUCGGCACAGAUGAGCAGCGAUGGAGAAGAAGAGCAAGAUGGCGGUAAUGGCAGGGAGAACGAUGAGGAGUCUACUGUCAAGGAGGUGCUGGAUAAGGAGGUGGUCAGUGAGAGUGAGACCAUGGCAGCAGAGCCUCCUCUGGAAAACGAGGCUGAAGAGAACUUCAGCCAGAGCACGGUGCCUCCUGGGACCUUGGAUGAGCAGCUCUCUGACUUGAAUGAUGGGCUGUUGGAUGGAGAACCCCCCAGGACAGGAAGUGAGAGCGAGUCGAGCUCCAGGCCCAAUGGUGACAAUGAAUGUGAGGCGUGCGACACCUCUUGCUACAGCCCCUCUUGCUACAGCACCUCCUGCUACAGCACCUCCUGCUACAGCACUUCGUGCUACAGCACCUCCUGCUAUGACAGUAACAAUCGUUUCUCCAGCCAUACGCGCUUCUCCUCCGUUGACAGCGCAAAGAUUUCUGAGAGCACAGUCUUUUCCUCACAGGAUGAUGAUGAGGAGGAGAACAGUGCUUUUGAGUCAGUGCCAGAUUCAGUGCAGAGCCCUGAGCUGGACAGGGAGCAAGUGGAUGGCUCCUCCCAGUGGCCAGAUGAACUAGUAGCUCAUGGUGGGAAUCCACAGAGAGCCACAGAGGGUCUAGACACCCCAGUAGCAGGUCCAAGCAGCAGAAGAGAAGGUGAUUGUCCUUUACUCCAUAAUUCUCAGCCAGUCAGCCAGCUUCCUUCUCUGAGGCCUGACCAUCAUCACUACCCAACUAUCGAUGAGCCUCUUCCACCAAAUUGGGAAGCUCGGAUAGACAGCCACGGGAGAGUGUUCUACGUGGAUCAUGUCAACCGCACCACCACGUGGCAGCGGCCCACAGCCGCAGCAACGCCAGAUGGGAUCCACAGGUCUGGCUCCAUCCAGCAAAUGGAGCAGCUGAACCGCCGGUACCAGAACAUCCAGCGAACCAUUGCAACAGAGAGGACUGAAGAUGAUGCUGUGGUAAACAACAGGGUGGAGAGAGUUCCCACUGGAGGAGGGAGUGACUCUGAGGCAGAGCCUUCCCAGCCUAGCCCAGAGAUUAGGAGAGAAGGUUCCCUUUCUCCUGUGAAUUCUCAAAAAAUCACCUUGUUGCUGCAGUCUCCAGCUGUGAAGUUCAUCACCAAUCCUGAGUUCUUCACUGUGUUGCAUGCAAACUAUAGUGCCUAUCGAGUCUUCACCAACAGUACCUGCUUGAAGCAUAUGAUUCUGAAGAUUCGUAGAGAUGCUCGCAAUUUUGAGCGGUAUCAGCACAACAGAGACCUAGUAAAUUUUAUCAACAUGUUUGCUGAUACUCGACUGGAGCUUCCUCGUGGCUGGGAGAUAAAAACUGACCAGCAGGGCAAGUCUUUCUUCGUUGACCAUAACAGCCGUGCCACCACCUUCAUAGAUCCCAGGAUCCCGCUGCAGAAUGGGCGUCUCCCAAAUCACCUGACUCACCGGCAACAUCUGCAGCGACUUCGUAGCUACAGUGCUGGAGAGGCCUCUGAAGUCUCUCGAAACAGAGGAGUUACUCUGUUGGCCAGACCAGGCAAUAGUCUUGUAACAGCUAUUCGAAACCAGCACCAUCAUGAGGCAUUACCUCUGGCUUACAAUGACAAGAUUGUUGCAUUUCUACGCCAGCCCAACAUUUUUGAGAUGCUGCAGGAGCGUCAGCCCAGCUUGGCCAGAAACCAUGCACUCAGGGAGAAGAUCCAUUACAUUCGGACAGAGGGUACACAUGGGCUUGAAAAGUUGUCGUGUGAUGCAGAUUUAGUAAUUCUGCUGAGCCUUUUUGAAGAGGAUAUCAUGUCCUACAUACCACUGCAGGCUGCCUUCCAUCCAGGUUACAGUUUUUCUCCUCGCUGCUCACCAUGUUCAUCACCCCAAAACUCUCCAGGGCUGCAGCGAGCAAGCGCAAGAGCACCUUCUCCGUACAGGAGGGACUUUGAAGCCAAGCUGCGCAAUUUCUAUAGAAAACUUGAAGCCAAAGGGUAUGGGCAAGGUCCAGGGAAAAUUAAGUUAAUUAUACGGCGUGACCACUUGCUGGAAGGCACCUUCAACCAGGUAAUGGCGUAUUCACGCAAGGAGCUCCAGCGGAACAAACUCUACGUCACGUUUGUCGGCGAGGAAGGGUUGGACUACAGUGGCCCCUCCCGAGAAUUCUUUUUCCUUCUGUCUCAGGAGCUCUUCAAUCCUUAUUACGGGCUGUUUGAGUAUUCAGCCAACGACACUUACACUGUACAGAUCAGCCCCAUGUCUGCCUUUGUUGAAAAUCACCUGGAAUGGUUCAGGUUCAGCGGUCGUAUUCUUGGCCUUGCUCUCAUUCAUCAGUACCUUCUUGAUGCUUUCUUCACAAGGCCAUUCUACAAAGCACUGCUAAGGCUGCCAUGUGAUUUAAGUGACUUAGAGUACCUGGAUGAAGAGUUCCAUCAGAGCUUGCAGUGGAUGAAGGAUAACAAUAUCACUGAUAUCCUGGAUCUAACCUUCACAGUGAACGAGGAGGUAUUUGGACAGGUGACAGAGAGAGAGUUGAAAUCUGGAGGGGCAAAUACAGCGGUGACAGAAAAGAACAAGAAGGAGUACAUCGAGAGAAUGGUUAAGUGGCGAGUGGAACGAGGAGUGGUCCAGCAAACAGAGGCCCUGGUCCGUGGCUUCUACGAAGUUGUAGACUCCAGGCUUGUCUCUGUUUUUGAUGCCAGAGAACUGGAGCUAGUUAUAGCUGGCACUGCAGAAAUAGAUCUCAAUGACUGGAGAAACAACACAGAAUAUCGUGGAGGCUACCAUGAUGGACACAUAGUGAUACGGUGGUUCUGGGCAGCUGUGGAGAGGUUUAACAACGAGCAGAGGCUGCGAUUGUUGCAGUUCGUCACAGGAACGUCGAGUGUGCCGUACGAGGGUUUUGCCGCUCUCCGAGGGAGCAACGGCCUGCGGCGCUUCUGUAUAGAGAAAUGGGGGAAAAUAACCUCCCUCCCAAGGGCACACACAUGUUUCAACCGUUUGGAUCUUCCACCUUACCCCUCAUAUUCUAUGCUGUAUGAAAAGCUGCUGACAGCUGUUGAAGAAACUAGCACCUUUGGACUUGAAUGAGGGGGUUCAGGCACUUCUGGUGUUUUUAUGGCUGAUGAUGUCACCUUUCCUGUCCACCAUCAUUUGAUCUUGGUUUCCCAUGUUUUUAUUUUUGAAAACAAAACAAAAAUCAAGAUUAACAAAAGCUGUGCAUGAAGAACUGCCACCCUCUACAAUCUAACCUUCAUGCUUUCAUCCUCUGUUUCCAAUGGACUGCUAGUCUGUAUGCAAUAGAAAAACAACUGUCUCAAGGUUUCUGUAUAUCUCUACAUACCUCCAUUAAUAACAAUGAAAAUACAAAUGCAAGUUACACUACACUUGACCAAAUGUUAAUAAAUGUUUACUUCCACCUACGUUGAUUAAAAAAUAAAAAAAAAACCUCAUCAAGCA